GAGAGAGAGAGAGAGAGAGAGAGAGAAAGUGUCCUUAAACGUUGGCUGUUGUGUAAUCCCUCCCAGGGCCCCUUUGCUAUUUUUGUGCCUGGGUCUGCACGUCAUGGUUGGGUAUUUUCUCUGGUGACUAGCUCGAAUCAAUAGAUCUUCUAAUGUACACCCAGUCAGCCAGCACCUUCACCACUGAUGGGACUUCUCCCUGAUCAUUUCUUUCAUUGUCCUUACUCAGACAUGAGGAGAAUGGAGAAACGGACUAUGCAGCAUGCCAGACGUCACAUGUGACUGUCAGAAUGGGACAGGGGACUAUUCAAAUAUCAGAUGACCCUUCCCUGCAAUCAUUUCACACAUAUAUUAAUAUUACUACAGUUACAUAACAGCUAUUGUCCUUGAAAAUGGAUCCCACAGAAAGUGACAUUGGAUUCAUGGAGUCACUUGAAACUACCGCAGUGGUGAAAAGCUCCAUGGAGGGUCAAGACAGAAAUGUUAAACCGAAAAAAUGCACAUCAGAAGGAGGUGCCGUGCAGAUUAAGAGAAGAACAUCAGUGGAAUUGGAACGUAUGGGGUCACACCAACAACUUCAACAAAUGACUGACUCAGGGGAAUCACCGCAAUCAGAAGAUCGCCACUCGCAACUUCGAUCUACAAGCCAUCUUGACUACGAGGUGUCUUUACAUCCACCUCAGGGCACGAAGCAGCUUCCUGCUGGCAAACAGAAAGCUGGAGGUCAGAUGCCUUUUGCAUCUUACGGGAAGUCCCCCAGUUCACCUGACGUCCAGCAACAGUGUUCUCAUUCCGGGCUGGACCCGCUGCCGGAGACCAUGUCCAAGGUGGAACACAAACCACAAAAGCUUGGGAAGUAUGUUUGUGAUUAUUGUGGAAGGGCGUGUGCCAAACCCAGUGUGCUUAAAAAACACAUUCGCUCUCACACUGGGGAGCGGCCCUAUCCGUGUGUCCCCUGCGGAUUCUCCUUUAAAACCAAGAGUAACUUAUACAAACACAGAAAAUCCCACGCACACUUGGUCAAAGCUGGGACGGUGCCAUUCUCAGAACUUGGAUCCUACAGUGCCAAUACAGACCAGGGGUCUUUUGAAGGAGAAGGAGAGUUAUUCUCCGAUGCAGAGCAAAGCACGGACACUGACGAGGACACGCUUAAUGACCCACUGCUGCUGCUGGACUCUCCAGUGGAGGGAUCAGAUAACACUGCUGUAAAAGUACUGAAUCUCAUUGCCCAGAAAAAGGGAGCCACGUCAAUGUCAGCUCAGGACGGUUCAUCCCAGCUCCAAGAAAUCAAUGCACCCCCUGCUGGUACCGAGGCCAGCCGUGCAAUCCAAUCUUGCACAAUCAAACAGAGGCUUGCACUCCGGCUGUCGGAAAAAAGAAGCAGUGAUUCUGACAACAAUCUGUCUCUCCCCAGUCAGUCCAGCAAGGGCAGCACCGACUCUGGAUACUUCUCGCGCUCUGAAAGUGCCGAGCACCAAGCUGGUCCUCCAAAUACAAAUGCAAAAUCCUAUCAAGAAAUUAUGUUUGGAAAGUGUUACAGGCCAAGCCCUAAACAGAUGACUGCUUUCUGUGAGGCCGACGAUCUUGCAGGAAAGCGCUCAGUGAAAAGCGUGUCCCGUGUUUUCACUCAAGAAAAAGAUGCAGCUGAAUCCAUUAAAAUAAACACAAAGUCAUUCAUGAGGGAGGAGGUUAAAGAACCACAGUUGGACAGUGGAAAUGAUGUGGGGCCUCUAAUCAGAAGCAACUCAAUGCCGACAUCAUCGGUAGUUUGUUUGACGAUGCCUCAAGCCCUCAGAGGAAGCCACUCCUUUGAUGAGCGGACAAGCACCGGCAGCAUGAGGCGACUCAGGAGGCAAGCUGCUUUCGAACUAUCUGCACACGAGAGUCAUGCCGAUACUGACAGCCAUGGAAAGACAAGUGAUAGUGGCAUUUCACCCUCAUCAGUUGACAUGGAUAAUUAUCCCUCUAUGGCCUCUAAUAUGAGCCAUCAGAGACAUGCCAUAGAACUGGCAACACGCAAGCGUCGGAAAGAGAAGAGGGAAGAGGAGGAUUUACCCAGUCCAUAUGGAGCCCAUUGUGAAAAAUAUGAAGAAAUGUUUGAUUCAAGCAAGGAGUAUGAUUCCAAACAAGUCAGCCAAGGUGCUGUGGGCAUUGUGACGUUAGGAAAAGGGCAUUGUGUAAAUGUGUCAGCACAGAUGGGCAUAUGUGACAUGGAGAUAUCAGUGAGCCCUGAGAUUUCCAGUCGAAAAACUUUAGGCAAUGUGAUUUCUGUUAUUCAACACACAAAUUCAAUCAACAGAUCUCACAACGAACAGUACGAAUCCUACAAAUAUCAUGCCCAAAGACAGGAAAGCAUUCCCUCAUUUCAACCGAUGGAGGCAUACGAGAUGGAAAGAAGCGACAGUAGACUACAGCAGUCAUUUCAGCUCGGCCCAAAGCUUGUGCGACAGCCAAACAUACAAGUCCCAGAAAUUAGAGUCACAGUGGAACCUGACAGUCCAGAAAAAGCUCCAGAGGUGCAGGCGAAGGAGCCUGAAAAACAUGUGGAGGAGUUUCAGUGGCCGCAAAGGAGUGAAACGUUAGCACAGUUCCCACCUGAAAAGCUCCCUCCAAAGAAGAAAAGGCUACGUUUAGCUGACAUUGAGCACUCCUCUGGUGAAUCAAGUUUUGAGUCUGCCUGUACCAGCCUUUCCCGUAGUCCGAGCCAAGACAGCAACCUGUCUUAUAGUUCCACGUUCUCCUUUGACAGAGAGGAGAGUAUGAAGUCAACUUCCCCAGCCAGACAGGAUGAAUUUGGCAAACCGCUAGAGCUAUUAGCAGUGCCAGGAAGUGGGCACUCCCUCUCUGUGCUCAACCAACGUCAACAACAUGAAAUGAGACGCUCCUCGUCCGAGCAGGCGCCUUGUAACUUGCGCAAGGAGUUCCCAGAGGUACGCAGCAUAUCAUUUGACUAUGGCAGUCUUACUUCAACGUCCAAAGUUAGACACGUGGACAUUAGCAGUGGCCACUUGGCUAUGAAGGAGAGAAGGAGGGGAAACUUGGUGCGACAGGAGCCAUUGAAUAUGGACACUGAAGUAGCACAAGUUCCAUCGCAAGUGUUUUCACAGUACCUCAGCAGUACCUCCCCUUCUUUCCCAGCAGUUGCUCUGCUGCCACACACUUUGCCAAUAUUUUCCACUGGGAAUACAUUUCCCCAGCUGUCUCAUCCAAGCCUGUUAGUUCCUGUUAGAAUCCAGACUCACGUGCCAUCCUACGGCAGUAUCACGUACACAUCGGUAUCACAGAUUUUUGACAAUCACUAUGAUAAUGUUUUUCCCUCUAUGCCCACCGCUCCAAAUCAACCUUCACAUCUCCCUGGAAAUCUUGAUUCUCAUAACAUAUUCAGUCUCACAAAAACACCUCCAACACAAACGUUCAAUGUUGAAGCUCUUGAUUUGUCAUCAGCUAAGCUGAAGACAGGUAUUCCUCUGUCACUGACCUCCAGAACUAUCUCAACUACAAAUGCAUCCAGUGGUGGCGCAAACAAACGGAUGCUGUCCCCUGCCAGCAGCCUGGACCUUUUUAUGGAGGUUAAGCAGCAAAAACGUGUCAAAGAGGAAAAGAUGUUUGGUCAGAUUGUAGAGGAGUUAAGUGCCGUAGAGCUGGGAAAAUGUAAUUUGAGCAAAGAGAAGGGUCAGAUGCAGAGUGUAUCCACACUUCAUGCUCAGGAUGGCUCAUGUAGGAAUAAAUUCAUCACACUUCAACAAGAUGUGACGGAUGCCACGGACCAUGGCGUUGAGUCCGCUAUGGAAAGUAGCUCUCUAGAAACCGAGUCCACGUCACAGUACAAGAUAUCGCUCAGUGAAGGGAAAGAGGCUGGCGUGGAGACAAGAGUGCAGAUGGAUAUGGUAGUACAGCUGGUUACCAGUCAAGACAUCCUGAUCUCAGGGGCCGAGCACUCGAGACUGUUAUCUCAAUUUCCAAGUCUUCGCACGACGACAGGUGUGAGCUGGUGUUAUCUCAACUACACCAAGCCAAGCUGCUCUCACACCAAUGCUUCUUUCUCCUCUGUUUACGCCACCUGGUGUGUGAGUUCCCACAACCCAAAUCCUCUUGAGCUGAGCACCGGUGCUGCACUGGCUCUGCUGCAGUCUAAACAGAGAGGCGACAAGGUCAUAUACACUGUGGCUGCCAUGUGUCAGCCUGGUACGGGGAAACUGGUUUCAUCCCUCAUCCUGUGGCGGCAGACGCUGGAGCAGCUGCAGAGGAAACCGGAGAGCAAAGAGGUGGACAUCACCUACGGGAAGAAGGUGAAAGACAUCAGCUGCAGAGUGAAAAUUGCCAAAGAAGAGUGGAAAGAGAGGGAGGCUUCCACGACGCAAACAGUGCCAACACGUAUUAAGAUCUUUGAGGGAGGGUACAAGUCCAAUGAAGACUACGUGUAUGUCAGAGGUCGUGGUCGGGGCAAGUACAUUUGUGAGGAGUGUGGCAUUCGCUGUAAGAAGCCAAGCAUGCUGAAAAAACACAUCCGGACCCACACAGAUGUGAGACCGUACAUCUGCCGGGUGUGCAACUUCGCUUUUAAAACUAAAGGAAAUUUGACUAAGCAUAUGAAGUCCAAGGCACAUAUGAAGAAAUGUCUUGAACUGGGAGUGUCGGUGACGAUGGAUGAGACGGAGAUACAGGAACACUUAGACGACAUCCAGCAAGAAUCAAAGACGGAGGUGGUGGUCACAAUCAAACACCAGUUUUCAGACGCCGAGGACUCUGAUGGCAUGGACGAAGACGUUGAUGAAAUCGAUGAUGAUGAGGAUGAAGACGAUGAAUACGAGGGCGACUCCACUCCAAAGCUCCGUUCAAGAAGCACGAGUCCGCAGCCAUGCAGAGUCACUUCUCUGUCAGUCACAGCCACCGCUCUGGCAGGCGUCGACAGCUGCCAUCAGGGCUCCAUCAGGCAGAGCGGCGCAGACCAGAUGAGAUCUGUCCUUAUGUCCGAACAAAGAGAGAAAUCCAUGGAUGAGGACUCGCUGUCAGUGCUGUCUCCGGAGCAGGCCAGCCUCCUCUUUGACCCUUACUCUUCUUCUUUGCUCUCCCCCGGCUGGGAGUCUCCAAUCAGGGAGCCUUCACCUUCUCGUCUGCGUUACCCGUCCCCGAGGCGAGAGCUCUCCCCUCGAGGUCGCUCCUCGCCCAGAUGGGAGAGCUCCCCGCUGAGACCGAGCUCGCCCAGCUUCUCCCCCAUCCAGCACCUCUCCCCUGUCUCAAUCGAGCGACCCUUGUCUCCCGGAGCAGAUCUGGCUGGAAAACGAGAGUCUUCAGUUCGAGGCAGGCAAAGGGUCGUACUGAGGGCCGUUUCACCACGCAGGGGCUCACACCAGCACAAAGGGACGGGCGACAAAUCCAGACAUCAAGCUAAGCUUGAUAUGGCCCAACAGCAAGGAGCCUUUGAAAUGGAACCGGAUCAAAGAAACAGUUUAACUUCUGGUGUGCCUGGGGCUGCCAGUCCUCAUCACCAGAACAUCCUCAGUCAUCUCCCACUUCACUCCCAGCAGCAGCCCACCACUUUGCUCCCUGUGGUUCCUGUUGGAGGACUACAGAUGUCGCCUUCUUCAGGCAGCAAUGUCACUUCCUCCUCGGUGCCGAGCCCACAAAGCAGCGAGAGCCAGCGGUGCAGCAGCCGGGAGGGGUCAGUCCACGGGCUGGAGGGAGGAGGGGAGGACGUCAGAAGCCAGCAGCCAUUCUCUUCUCAGGAGAAGGGUGGAGAUCCUAGAGAUCCUAGCAUCAGUGGACAGGAGGAGAACGUCCAAACGUGCAUGAAAGCCAUCGCCUCACUGAAGAUUACUACAGAGGACCCUCACUAGACCAUGCGUGUGCGUGCGUGUGUUUUUGUCCCCUUUAAGAAGUCCAGGAAGACAUGGUGCCCCACAACACCUGCAACCUCGACCCCCUCACCCCGUUAAAGCUUGUCCGUAUCCCUUUAGAGGCAGUUGUAAGACACCAUGUGGUCUUACACACAGUGCAGACAGCUCACGUUAAAGAUGAGUGAAGAAGAAACUCUUGCUCUUCUCCUCAAACUCUUUGAGUUUAGACAAGCAGCAGGAUGCUUGCAAGGUGGAGAAUCACAAAUGGGUGCAGGUGCAAUAUUAAAAGAUAUUAUGCUAAUAUGCCUUUGUUAGACAUAGUAGUUUGCGUACAAUUGCACAUAAAUUAUAUUUAUGAUUCUGUACAAAAGUUCUUAACAUAUACUCCUUAGAUGCAUACAAACUGUAUUUACUGUAUGUGUACUUUGAAAAUAGACAGUGGUUUAAUGUAACAAUAUCAAGGUGUGAUGCAGUAGUGCAGUAAAUAAAGACUAUUUAUAAGGGGAAAAGUACAUGUGUUAUGAAACAGUCUGACCAAAUUUUAAGUAGACGCUUCUUGUGCAGUUUGGUGCUUCUGAUCAAGCGACAAGCAUCCGUGCCUUUAUUUUGCUUUUCAUCAUUUCUUUGUCAGGAGGUUGCCGUCGGAUAUGGCGCAGACGCGCUCUUUUUUAUCCAGAUGCGUCGCCCGUUGUCGUGGCUGAAAGUAAAGCCUUUGUUUUUUUUUUCCUUCUUCUGUCAAUUUUGCUGACAGACGGAUGCAGCUCGAGUUAUGUGAAACAAUCUUAAAAUGUUUGUGUUUUUCCUUAAUGUUGUGGUUUUUAAUCUUGGUAAAAUUAAAAAAUAAAAAAAUGCAUGGGAUUUGCUAUUGCACAAACAUAGAGGACGUUAAUAUGUAACGAAUACUGUAAGAUGUAUUUAUAUAUUAGAACGUAAGCACUUAUUGAUACUGGUAAAUAUUUGACUACUAUUUAUAUGGCAUAUCUGUACUUAUGCAGCAACGAUGCAGUUAUGCAGUGAAGCCGCGCCGGAAUUGCUUUUGAUCUCAUGUCUUGCUUUGAUGAAAUGGUCAGCACCCCCCCGUCCCCGCCCCCCACCCCAAACAUCCUCGGCCCUGUUAUGCAGAUGACCAUAAGGAUUUAAUGACUUGUGACGAUGCACUUUCACCCUUUUCAUCUUCGAUGUUUAACUGACUCCAUCAAUGUGGAAGGAGCGAAACAUUUUACGUGUUUGUGUAAUUUGAAACAUUCCAGUUAUUUUCUUGCCUUUCCCAUUGUGUGAAACGUCUUGCACACAAAUUUAAGGGGCUAUGAGGAGUCAGUUUUUUUUCGCAGUUAAGUGUUACUGGAUAAACCGAUAUCACUUACUAAAUGUACUACUAAUGUAAUAAUAUUAACAGCGUCAGUUAGUUGACUGUGCUUCAGCUCAAUAUGUAAGUAAUCAUUCACCAAAUGCAUUACUUCUCUGUAUAUAUACAUGUAUUUUUAUGAUUUAAACUAUUUUUGCAGUGUUGAAUUCUAACAAAAGAAAACUUUUUAUGUGAAUUGUUUCUAUCUUUUUAAGAGGUUAAAAAGUCUGCAGUUGGCAUAUUGAAGGUUUAUGGAAGGUGAAAAUAGCACACUGUUGAACGCUAACAUGGUGUGUCUCAUCUUUUUUCUUUCUUUUUUCUUUUUUUAAAGAAAAGUGUAUUCACACCAGUUUGAGAAAUGAUUUGCAGUCAGAAAACACUUUGUUCACUCAUGUUUACAUAAAAGAAUUUAAAGGUGCACUGCUUUAAAUUUGUGUUUCCCUUUCUAAAGGUGUAUGUAGCUAUGAUUUUCACAGUUAUGUAAUUUUAUUUGUCGUGGUAACGUUGAAGAAUGCUCAUAAAAUGUGAAGGGAAGUGAAGUCUUUUUAAUUGCUUUUGCAUUUGUAUUCAGAUUGUGUUGAGAUUUUAUUGUGUAUUCAUAUUUACUGAACUGGAUUGUGCCUCUCAUGUCUAUGAAAUUCCCUGUAAUACACACAGAGGACAAAUCAUUUACCUCUCAGCUGAGAUUUGGAGGUGAAACCUCAGUAGCCAAUCCGAUGUUUAGAUAUUUGCAUCCAAAACUGGUUUAGUCUGGAAGGAGUGCCUCUUUUAUGCUAUGGGGAAUUUAUUGUUUGGUGCUCUACUUUUUCAGAUCAAAUUCAAAAAUUGUUUAAAAAGAAUAUACUUCUAACCCAAA